AUGCAUAGCACGUCAAUUGUUCUGCAAGCUCUGGUGGCGGCGCCUCUCGCCCUCGGGGCUGCGUUGAGAUCCCGACUUGAUAAUGGUGUCGCAAAAACACCGCCAAUGGGGUGGAAUUCGUACAACCACUACUCUUGCACACCUACCGAGGCUAUUAUUCAGUCCAAUGCGAAAGCCUUAGUUGACCUUGGCCUGGCCGAACUGGGAUACCGCUAUGUGACGACGGAUUGUGGCUGGACGGUCGCCAAUCGCACUGCGGAUGGGCAAUUGACCUGGAAUGAGACGCUGUUCCCGAGUGGGUUCCCGGCUCUUGGGGAGUAUAUCCAUGGGCUUGGGCUGUUGUUCGGGGUGUAUGAAGAUGCGGGUAUUAGGUCCUGCCAGACGGAUAUGGAGCAGGCAGACCACGAGGCUCAAGAUGCUGCGCUCUUUGCUUCUUGGAAGAUCGACGCGCUGAAAUACGACAACUGCUUCUCCGACGCCGCAACUGGCUAUCCAAAUGUCAACUACGCACCAAGCACUUCGCCCAGUGCACGAUAUGCAAAUAUGACUAAAGCUUUGGCCGCGCAGGGUCGCUCUGUGCUCUUCCAGAUUUGCGAAUGGGGUGUCGAUUUCCCAGCGCUGUGGGCACCAGCUCUUGGCCACACAUGGCGUAUCGGCAACGAUAUCAUCCCAGCCUGGCGAGCUAUUUACCGAACCUUGAAUCAAGCUGUUCCACAGACUUCCUUCGCCGGGCCCGGUCAAUGGCCCGAUCUGGAUAUGCUGGAAGUUGGAAAUAAUAUUCUUACUACCGCGGAGGAACAGACCCACUUCUCGCUUUGGGCUAUACUGAAGAGUCCAUUGGUUAUCGGAGGCGCUUUGAAGGAUGAGACCACUACUAUCAAUACUGCCUCUCUGGCGAUCUUGUCAAACAAGGAUGUUGUAUCUUUCAACCAGGACUCGCUCGGUGUCAGUGCUACUCUGAAUCGCCGGUGGUCCGAGGAAGGGUGUGAAGUCUGGAGUGGACCGCUGUCUGGUGGUAGGACUGUUGCGGCGUUGAUCAAUUGGGCUGAUACAUCGCGAGAUUUGACACUCAACCUCCCGGAUGUAGGCAUCCAGUCUGCUGGUACAUUGAAGGAUAUCUGGGCUGGGAAGACCGUCAGCAAUGUGAAGAGUUCUUAUACGGCCACAGUAGCCGCCCAUGGCGUGAUGCUUGUGGAGCUCAGUGAUACGACUGCUGCUGGCACAUACCCAACCGCUAAGUUCGGCACGUCAAAGGGAAAUUCGGUUACCUUCAACUCUAUCUAUGCCAACACCACUAGUGCCAAUCACACACUCUUGAUCACGUUCUCCAAAACAUCAAAGAAAGCAACCGGCAUUACUAUCGAAUCCUCGUCGACCCAAGCAAAGCGCACAAUCACGGUUCCAGCAUCCAGUAAGACAGGCUCGAGUUCCAUCUCGCUAUCCGCCGGUUCCGCAAACACAAUUACCAUCAGCUCAAGCCUUGCCAUUGAUUCUAUCCAAAUCAAGUCUCCAAGCGGCACUUACUACCCUUCCACCGCAUUUACCCUCGCAGGCUCAGCGACCCUCACUCAAUGCGGCUCCGGCUACUGCCAGCCCGUGGGAUCAAAGAUCGGCUACCUGGACAGCACAAACACCGCCAAGAUCACAGUCCCCGCGACGGUUUCCAGCACCACCUCCGCCAAGUACCUUGAGCUUGACUAUAUCAACAACGAUGUCGCCUUCUCGAGUUCCUGGGGUCUUGGUGCGAAUUCGCGAAACAUCACUGUCUCAGUGAAUGGCGGCAGUCCUGUUCGACUUGAAGUUCCGCUGUCUGGACGCCAUAGUGAACUCUUUGGACCUGGACUUGGUUGGUGGGACACUUCGUCCUUGGGCAUUUUGAUUGAUGGAUGGAAGAAUGGUGACAAUGAGGUUGUUGUUGCCAAUGUGGCUGGCAGUGAUACCUUCCAGUCUUGGGGUGCGGACUUUGUCGGAUUUAGGGUCUUUGAUUAG